AUCAAAUUUUCUUUUCCAAGAUUCCAAAUUGCUUUGGGACCAAUAAGUGUCCUCAAACAUAAAUUGUGCAAGUACUACGAAAAUUCGAUUCAUGCAUUAGAUUUUUCAACUAUGGAAUAGGAAUAGAAUAAUUUCUUUAAUUUUCUUGUUUGCUCUCUUAAUUAAACUAGUAUAUAUUGCUAAUAAAAUAAAUAGGCCAAAGCAAACUAAUCAAGGAGGAGUCGAAAAGCCAAGAAAGAAAAGAGAAUGGGGGCGAGAAGGCUGGUGGUGGUGCUCGUUCACCUGAUUGGAUUUUCAUGGCUGAUCACUAAAAAUGCACUACCAUCAUUUGCACUAACCAUAGGUAAGCGUGGUUGUCAAACGGAAUGUGGAAAUGUAAGCAUCCCAUUUCCUUUUGGAAUUGGAUCCACAAAUAAUAAAUGUUUUCUUGACGAUUGGUUCGAAAUAGUCUGCGACAACUCUACCUCCUCUCCCACAGCUUACCUCAAACGCACCAAUCUCCAAGUCCUCAAUAUUUCUUUGAAAGACUACUCCUACUACAGCUCGUCACCUGGCGUUAUUCAGGUCAAAAACCCAAUAACUUUGUGGAAUUGCACGGACAAAGAAACCCGUGAAUCACUAAACUUGACAGGAAGCCCCUUUGUCUUCUCGGCUAGUGAGAACAUGUUCACAGCGGUGAGUUGCGGUGCACGAGCCUUAAUGUCUUCAUCAAGCUUAGAUGACGUUGAAAUUUCGGCAGGCUGCAAGUCCAAGUGCUUACAAAACAAGCAAGGGUACAUGAAUUGCUGGAAAGGAGUGAAUUGCUGCCAAACUACCAUUCCUUCUUAUGUGAUCCAGACCUUCUCUACCACUUUUGAAACCGAGACACAGAAAACAUGCAUAUAUGCCUUCGUAGCAGACCAAGAAUGGUUCAUUUCCAUGUUCAACCAUACAAAUACUUCUGCUGCCCUUCACAAUAUGGAUUACGUUCCUGUAACUCUAGAAUGGAAAUUAAACAACUAUUCAAAAAACCAAAUUUUCGGAACAAAUCUAUCCGUUUUUAAACUUGAAGAUUUGCUACGGAGCAAAUCAAUCCUUUGCCGCGGAGAUUAUUCCAUUUCUUCAGAGAAUCUGACAGCGGCACUUUCAGUGCAGGGUUGUUACUGCAACGACGGCUUUGAAGGAAAUCAGUAUCUUUUGGAGGGAUGUCAAGAUAUUAAUGAAUGUCAAAUUUAUCCCCAUGCAUGUGACGGAGGUGGAACUUGUGUGAACACUAUUGGGUGGUAUAAGUGCCGCAAGUCCAAGGUUAAAAUUGUCCUUAUAGGUUUCGGCAGUGGUGUUGGAGCAUUGUUUCUACUUAUUGGCGCAUGGUUUCUAUACAAAUUCAUAAAGAAAAGAAAAGCCAUUAAACGUAGAAAGCAGUUCUUCAAACGAAAUGGUGGUCUAUUGUUACAACAACAAAUAUCUUCAGAGGAAGUCAAUUUUGAAGCAAAAACCAAGUUGUUCAGUUCAAAAGUGUUACAGAAAGCCACUGACAACUUCAACCUAGACCGAAUUCUAGGUCAAGGAGGCCAAGGUACUGUUUACAAAGGAAUGUUGGCAGAUGGUAAAAUUGUUGCUGUCAAGAAGUCUAAAGUAGUUGAUGAAGAUAAGCUCAUUGAAUUCAUUAAUGAGGUUAUCAUUCUUUCCCAAAUUAACCAUAGGAAUGUGGUUAAACUACUUGGAUGCUGUUUAGAGACCGAAGUUCCACUUCUUGUUUAUGAAUUCAUACCCAAUGGUACACUUUCCGAGUAUAUUCAUGAUCAAAAUGAGGAAUUUCUUUUUACAUGGGAAAUGCGCUUACGUAUUGCAGCAGAAAUUGCGGGAGCUCUUUCCUAUUUACACUCCGCAGCUUCCUUUCCCAUUUACCACCGAGACAUCAAAUCAUCAAACAUACUCUUAGAUGAAAAGCUCAGAGCAAAAGUAGCAGAUUUUGGAACUUCAAAAUCAGUAGCCAUUGACCAAACACAUGUUACUACAAUGGUACAUGGUACAUUUGGUUAUUUGGACCCUGAGUAUUUCCAAACAAGCCAAUUUACGGAUAAGAGUGAUGUUUAUAGCUUCGGUGUGGUGAUUGUUGAGCUCUUGACAGGACAAAAACCGAUUUGUUUAAAGAGGUUAGAAGAAGGACGAAGUCUUGCAACUUAUUUCCUCAUGUGCAUGGAGGAGAAUCGCUUAUUUGACAUAAUUGAUCCUCAAAUCGUCGGGGGAAAAAAAGAAGAGAUGUUGGAAGUUGCUAAUCUUGCGAAAAGAUGCCUGUAUUUGAAUGGAAGAUACCGACCUACAAUGAAAGAAGUGGCAAUGGAGUUGGAGGCCAUUCAGAAGUCAAUCAAAACCGUUGCUCAUCGAAAGAGUAAUGAAGAAGUUGAAUAUGAGAGGACUGAAAUAACAGAGCCUUGGGAUGUUUCCACCACAAUUGGGCCAAACUCGUCUACAUCUAUUGAUGUUGCUUCAUCGUUAGACGAAUCGCCACUGUUGUCUAAAUAAAAAUUACUUUUUUAUUCUUCUUCGUUGUUCAUUUUCAUUCUCCGUUUAGAAAAUGGAUUUUUAUUAUUGUGAUUUUUACUAGACA